AUGAGCGCUUCCUCCAACGUCGCUCGCAGGGCCGUUGCCCGGAACCCCUUGUUGGGUAAUGCCAGGGCUCUCUCUCGCGGUGUUUCUCCCGCCGUUCUCGGCCGCCAUGUCAGCCGCCAUGCUAAGGUUCCGGCCAUUGCCAUCUUGAUCCCGCUCCGAUCAAUGGGCACCGAGCACCAUCGCCCCGACGGACCCCUAUCCGGCCCGCCCCCUGGAUUCAACGCCGAGAUGGCUAAGAAGCCUCUCCCGAAGGAUCCCAGCACUACAGUCGCCAAGAAGGAGGAGAAGAAGCUUGAUGCUCAGCCCAAGGAGUCCGCGGUUGCGAAGCCCGCUGAAGCUUCAGCCGAGGCGACCAAGGCAGACGUUGUUGCAACCAAGGAGGGUGUCAUGGAGAAGUCAGAUGCCGCCAAGAAGGACCAGGAGGAGAAGAAGUUGACCAUGUGGCAAAAGGUCAAGAAGGAGGCCCAACACUACUGGGACGGAUCCAAGCUGCUCGGCACCGAGAUCAAAAUCAGCUGGCGAUUGGCCCUCAAGAUGGCCGCUGGAUAUGAGCUCACCCGUCGCGAGAACAAGCAGCUGCAGCGAACAGUCCAGGACCUGGGUCGGUUAGUGCCCUUUUCCGUCUUCAUUAUCGUCCCUCUCGGUGAGGCGCUUCUGCCCCUCGCCCUUAAACUCUUCCCCAACAUGCUCCCCAGCACGUUCGAGGGCCCCAAGUCCAAGGAGGCCAAGGCCACUCUUUUGCGAUCGACACGAAAGGAAGUCAGCACUUUCCUCCGACAGACACUCGGGGAGACGGGUCUGCCUGUGAGCCAGGCUACAACACAAAGAGAAGAGUUUUCCAACUUUUUCCGCAAGGUGCGGGCCACCGGCGAGGCUCCCACUGCCGAGGAUGUCAUCAAGGUCUGCAAGGUGUUCCGGGAUGAUUUGACCCUCGACAACUUGUCACGACCCCAGCUCGUUUCCAUGUGCCGAUACAUGAACCUCAACACAUUCGGAACCGACAUGAUGCUCCGAUACCAGAUCCGUCACCGUAUGCGACAGAUCAAGCGAGACGACAAGGCCAUCAGCUUUGAGGGCAUUGACAGCCUGACCGUGGCCGAGCUCCAAGGCGCUUGCGCUGCCCGAGGUAUCCGAACACACAGCGUUUCCCCCGCCCGGAUGCGAAGCGAUCUCCAGACCUGGCUCGACCUCCGACUUCGGGAGGGCGUUCCCUCAACACUGCUCGUGCUGAGCAAUGCCUACAUGUACGGUCAGGGUUCGGGUGAGGGCUCCAGCCAGAUUGAGGCCCUCGUCGGUGUCCUGUCGGCCAUCCCCGAGGAGCUUUACCACGAGAUUGAGCUUGAGGUGCACACCGCUGAGGGUGCGGCUACCAACAAGCAGCGACUCGAGGUUAUCAAGGAGCAGCAGGAUCUUAUUGAGGAUGAGGCCGAGCAAGACCACGCCAGCACAAGCUCUGGCUUUGCCACGCCCCGAGAUGUUGAUGACAUCGAUGAGAAGGAGGAGAGACAAGCUCUUGCUGAGGCCGAGGGCCUAGGUAAGAAGCAAGUCGGUGAGAUGGUUGAUGCAGAGAAGGAGCUGAACAAGGCUGCUGAGACGGCCGAGAUGGUGGAGGCUGAGAUCAAAGCGAGCGCUGGCGCGGCGAAGCAGGAGCAGAAGUGA